AUGUCCCCUAGCGCUGUCGAUCAGAGCGCGAACGGCUCUGGCCCUUCCAAGACUUCGGUACCAGACCCCGGUCUAGUCUUCACCCCCAAGGUCACCGGCGAAUGGACGGUAGACAAGGUCACGGCGACGAUCCCGACGGGCAAGCCGACCGAGGGCUCGACCUCGCCGCUGCCCUACUUCCACCUGCUGGAGCGCCUCAAGACGACCAAGCGCGAGGGCUGGCGGCGCUUCGACAUUGAGCGCGGCGAGUCGAUCGCCGACCACAUGUACCGCAUGUCGCUCAUCUCGAUGCUGGCCCCGCCCGCGCUGGCCGCCCGGCUCGACCUGCACAAGUGCAUGAAGAUGUGCCUGAUCCACGACAUGGCCGAGUCGCUGGUCGGCGACAUCACGCCCGUCGACGGCGUGCCCAAGCCGGAGAAGAACCGGCGCGAGGCGGCGACCAUGGACUACAUCACGCAGAACCUGCUGGGCAACCUGUACGGCGGGGCCACCGGGGUGGGCCAGGACAUCCGCGACGUGUGGCAGGAGUACGAGGACUCCAAGACGCUCGACAGCCUGUUCGUGCACGACGUGGACAAGAUGGAGCUGCUGCUGCAGAUGGUCGAGUACGAGAAGCGCGGCAAGGGCCAGGUCGACCUCGGCGAGUUCGCUUAUGUGGCGACCAAGAUGGCGCUGCCCGAGUGCAAGGAGUGGGCGGCCGAGGUGCUGCGGGAGCGCGAGGAGUUCUGGGCCGGCAAGGACCACGUCCACGGCGACGCGGGCACGCAGGGCGGCGUGUCGGCCGAGCACAGCCGGAUGCAGGACGACUACUACAACCGGGAGUAG